AUGAGUUCCUAUUUCGUCAACUCAACUUUUCCCGUGUCUCUACCCGGAGGACAGGAGUCUUUCUUGGGUCAGAUACCGCUAUAUUCCUCUGGAUAUACAGAUCCUUUAAGACAUUAUCCAAGCGCUACGUUCGGAGCUACCAAUGUCCAGGACAAGGUUUACACCUCCUCGUAUUACCAGCAAGCUGGGGGUGUUUUGGGGAGAAGCGGGUCCACCAGUGCUUGUGACUACACAACACCCAACAUUUACCGAACCGCGGACCGCUCGUGCGCUAUCGGAGGUCUGGAAGACUCGCUGGUCCUAACCCAGGACCAGUGCAAGACGGACUGCACUGAACAGGGUGCAGAGAGGUAUUUUAACAGUGAAGACAAAGCGUGUACCCCGGUUUACCCGUGGAUGCAGAGGAUGAACUCGUGUAAUGGAAUGCCUGGCAGCACUGGCCGCAGGGGUCGUCAAACCUACACUCGGUUCCAGACUCUUGAACUGGAAAAGGAGUUCCACUUUAACAGAUAUUUGACCAGAAGACGAAGAAUUGAAAUAUCGCACGCUCUGUGUUUGACGGAACGACAGAUAAAGAUAUGGUUCCAGAACCGUAGAAUGAAAUGGAAAAAGGAGAAUACAGUGCUGAACUCCGCAAAGGUCAGCGAAGAGGAGGAUGGUGGAAAGGCGGGAUAA